AUGGAAAAGUUCAAGAUGCACAUGAAACAUUCUUUGAUGGAAAUCCCUGCUGCUAGUCAGUCCUACGAUCAUGGACGUCCUGUGCGCCAAAUACAGCCUACUAGCAAAACAAUCUCUGCUUUUUUGAACACUGAAGGCGGCACAAUUUACAUAGGUAUCGAUGACGAUGCUUUUAUCCAUGGAAUGCAGCUGACGGAUCCCAUGAAGGACCAUUUCAUUCUGUCUUUGAACCAUUGCAUAUCGCAGUUCACUCCACCAGCCCCACCGGAGCUUGUGCAAGUGCAAUUUCUGGAAAUAGAGGAGUCUGAUAGCGAUGAACAUGCAGAAGAUGUCACACCGGUCCCACCUGCCAUUGCUGACGGCGAUGCUACGAACGGCGAAGACGAUGACAGUGAAGCGGAGUUCCAGAGACUGGUGACUAAGAUAAGACCUCGUAAUCAUCUAAUCGGACAAAACCCAUGUCCUUGUGAAAGCCUCGAUCUUGUGCCUAAGUUGUACCUAGUAGUCAUUAAGGUUCAUAAAUCUCCUGAUGGAACUAUCUAUCAAAACGAAGAGCGGUUAGCUUAUCGUCGACGCAAUGGCUGGAAUCAGAUGAUGACCGUGAAUUAUGUCAACACCUUUAUGCAUGCCCAUCGCAUCAACGAGUACGAGGAAGAAGACGAGCCCAGUGAAUUAGUACGCUGACUUCAGCUCGAAAUCAAAGAAGACUUCUGCUAACUCAGUAGUAAUAAACGAUUAGCCGAGCAAUCGAAAAGUCUCAUACUCAGGACUUCUGCUCU